AUGGGCAAACACAAAGAUAAAUAUAGAGAAGGUUCUACUUCUGUUUUUGCCUCAUAUUUGGCCAAUUUACCGCCCGAAGGAACAAAUGACGGCAUUGGAAAUGGAGAAGUACCCUUGCCAGAUAACAUGAAAGCUUCCACACUAUUGGAACAAAUUGGCAAAGAACGUUCAUGGUUCGAAGAUCAAAUUAAUGAGGACCUACAGAUUUUAGAAAUAAAUCGCAUAUAUACUGUCAAAGAUCUUCGGGUACUCUCACGCGAUAGUUGGAAGCAAAUCCAAUUUUUACCUCUUGUGAAAGAUUUAAUUCGCGAGGCUAUCGCUCGAGGGCUGCCAGAUCCAGGCAGUAUCUCCACCAAUGAAAGUGAAAACAAGGAGAAAAAUUGCAGUGCUUCAUGCUCUUCGUCAUCUUCAUCUGAUGAUUCAGAUGGUGAAUCAGAAGAUUUAUUGGAAACGAAAGCCUCACCAUCCUUGCUUAGUGUCAAUAAUGCGCUGCAACUAUCCUCAACAGCAGUAUCCUCUUCGUCCACAUCCACGACCGUUAAGAAGUUCGUUGGCCAUAAUAGACUUAGAAUCGUAGCAUCAAAUGGUCGUGCGUACGAGGUUGAUCGCUACUGUCCACAUAAAAAGGCGGAUUUAGCAUCAAGAGGAGUAGUCUUGGGCAAUAAAUUGAUAUGCACCAAACAUAAUUGGGAAUUUUCGUUGGAUCAGGGAGGAAGGUGUGUUCGUCAUGGUUCCACGAUUAAUGCUUGCGCCGUUAAUGAUUGGUAA